CAUCGCCCGCCAGGUCCCGAGCGUCGCAUCGGCGGUCGCCUGCCCUAUGGCUCGUCGCACGCCGCCAUGUCGUACGGCGCGCCCUUCGUCGCCACGUCCGCGCCCAAGCCGCAGCCCGCUGCGCGCCAAGCGCCAGGCGGGGAGGGAUCGGGCAGGGGGGAGGCAGGCGGACUCAGGCGCCCCGCGAGGGUGGCGCGGCGGGCGCGGAUGGGGGGGGGAAGGGCGCAGCAGGGGGAAGGGCUGUUAUGCGGGGGCUGCGCGUGCCUGUGCGCAGUGUGCGCGCGGCUGAGGCCGUCGCGGAAGGCGACGUGGCCGUACGCGCUGGUGAGCAUCGUGUUCGUGGCGCUCGUGGCGUCCGAGCACAUCGCGCCGCUGCUGCCCUCCACGACGCGCGCGCGAGAGCAGGCGCGCUCGGCCGACAGAGAGGAGGAGGCGGCGGUGAGCGGGCCGCUGACACGAAUAGUGAGUGCAAUGUGGCGAGCCCCAUCACCUCCCACCGCAACCAACGCCACCACAGCUACCUCCGCACAUGGCAGCAGCGGUGGUGGUGGCAGCAGCACGGCAGGGGGUGGGUCCAGAGGCGCGCACGCGGCACAGGGCGAGGGGGGCGUGGCUACUGGCGGGGCUGCGAGCCGUUCUGGGGGGCUGGAAGGCGAGCACGCAGAGGGACGAGGGAGCGGCGGGGCGGGCAGGGAGGAGGAGGAGUGCUCCGAGUGCUGGGAGGAGGUGGAUCGGCUGAGAGCGCUGCGAGCGAAGGAGGGAGGUUCCAGUGGACAACUCGUAGCCAAGCCACAUGGCAGCGGGGGGGCAGCAGGGGCGCGCAGGCGGCUGCUGGUGCAAGCAGCCGGCACGAGGGAGGGCGUGCAGGCGGCAGUGGCAGCAGUGGAGGCGGAGGUGGCGGAAGUCAAGGCCAAGAUGAGCGACCUGGCGGUGGCGGUGGAGCAGCUGGCAAAGGAAGCAGCCAACAUCCAAGCCGUGCUGCAGGGGGAGGGCCACUGGGCGUCAGACAACCUCACGCACCAGUUUCUGCUCUCCUCGUCGCCCUCUGACCCCGACCGCUGUGCGCCGCUCUCUCUAGACCGCCGCGCGCUGCAGAGGCAACCCAAGCGCACGCCCAAGGGGCCGCCACUUUCCUGGAAGGGCUAUGCAUGUGAGGCGGCCCCGUCGCAGAUCCAGCGGUACACGGACGUGGAGGCCAGGGCGCUGUGCCCCGACGACUGGUUCUUCGUGCAGGACCUCGCCUUCCUCAAAAACUGCUUCGCCCUGCCGCCCCGUGCCUGCCUUGCCCGCACGCCGCAGCACCCCACAGAGCCGCUGCCGUUCCCGCGGUCGCUGUUUGAGCAAGCAGCCCUGGCGGACGGCAGUGUGCGGUGGGGGCAGCAGCAGUGCGCGUCGUUCCAGUGCCUCAACAGCCGCGCGCUGGGCGACUGCCGCAACUGCUUCAACCUGUCGCUGGAGAGCCACCGCUGGCAGCACCGCUUCCGAGGCAACCCCACCAUGCGAGACGUCAUCCGCAUGAAGAACGGCUCGCUCAGACUGGGUCUGGACGUGGGCGGCGGCACGGGCAGCUUUGCGGCGCACAUGGCGCUGCAAGGCGUGACGGUGAUGACCACCGCCAUGAACUACGAGACCGUGUCGGGCCGCCACGCCGGCCUGCCGUACUUCGAGGCCAUCGCCAUGCGUGGGCUCAUCCCCCUCUUCCUGCCGCACAAGGCGCGGCUGCCCUUUUACGACAACACGUUGGAUGUGGUGCACAAUGUGAACAGCGUCAAGUACAUGCCCGUGCUAGAGUUCGAGGAGCUCGUCUACGAGUGGGACCGCGUGCUCAGGCCAGGCGGCAUCCUGUGGUUUGAGAUGUUCUACGCGCCGGUGGAGGACAUGGUGCUGUACGUGGCGGUGCUGGAGCAGCUCAGAUACCGCAAGCUGCACUGGACGCUCAUGCCCAAGCCCGACCGCGGUGAAAUAGAGGCGCACCAGCUCUACCUAAACUGUGUCAUUGAGAAACCAGCUAGGCGCCAUGCCUUGAAGCCUAUUGAAUUCUAAAAUGUGUUGCUGUUCUUUGAGCCAGCCUUUCCACAGGGUCAAUUCCC